AUGGUAAAUAAGGUUCAGCCGUCUCCCGUGCUCCGUCCACCCACCUGCGACGAUCCGCUCUGCAGCUGCUUCGAACAGCAGGACCUCAUCAACUGGUCGAUGGUCGACAGGAACAACCGGCGCGCCGUCAGCGACUAUAGCAGCAGGGCCUUCCGACUUGCCCACUCCCUUGCCAAGUUCAUGCGCGAGCAGGAUGUCCUUCCCUUCCGACACGUCAUGCGCCAGACUGGUACGCUCAUCUCCGGCUCUGUCGCCAUGCAUUACUUCGCCAGGACCGUUGUUGGCGACGCUGACCUCGACUUGUACACCGAAGGUCACCACGCUCACACGCUCUUCGCUUUCGUCAUCGACCUGGGGUACACCUACAAGGCCCGCAAAGCGCAGGACAAAAAUCUCGACGACGCCCUCCGGCGCGCCAUCAAUCAGUUGGCAACCCGCGACGAAGCUAUAUACAACCAGCGCGCUGUCCUCGACGCCUUCUCAUUCGUCCGCGGCGACGCCGUCAUCCAAGUCAUGGUUGGGGUACAUUCUGCCAUCGACACUGUUCUCGAUUUUCACUCUACGAUCGUCAUGAACAUUAUUUCCCAUCGGUCCGCUUACUCCCUCUACCCUGUCAAUACUUUCCUCAAGAAGACCGGUAUACGAUUCAUCGACUUGAGCGUCGGAACCCUCGAUAAGUAUAUCGAUCGGGGCUUCGCGCUCGCAAAGACGGUGACUUUGAAGCAAUGGGAGCGCAUGGGCCGGGAAAUGUGCACGCUGACGCGCUACGUCGGUGACAAGAGUACCUGGAUCAUCGAUCUCGACGAUACAGCGGGGACUUUCGCAGACUCCGUGCUGUUCAACUCUUGGCAGUUCAAAUGGAUUUAUCGCACAGGUGGUUUCAUGAUCAUGCCCGAGAUCGAACGCCUGCUCUUCGUUGGCCCGAGAUCUUGGUCUCAGAGCCGCGUCUUCGGCGACUGCAAGCUCCUCAAGGCUUUCACCGACCUUACGAUGGCUCGGGGCUCUGAAGGCCGCACCGACGCCGAAGUUCUCUCCAUGGUUCUCAAGAGUGCGCACUUCACUCUCUUCCACAGCCAGCCACCCUCGGCCACCGAUACUCGUUUCUUCGCCGAGUGGGUGCGCACUAGGGGCGCUCGACAGACUGUCGUCCGCAACAUCUUGGACAUCUUCGAUGGGGAGAUCGACAACCCCUCGCUACCCGCGGCGCCCGCGAUCGCAACGACAUCCGUCGUCGCCGCGAAGGAGGACGACGACAUAAUCUUCCUCAGCAUGAACUUCAACCCUAUGCUACACAACCCCGCGCUGAGAGCGCGCUUACAACCGGUCUCUCAGAGGGUUCACAACGGUCCUUCCGACGAAGUUCACACGUCCGACUUUGCCGAAGAAGACGAGAGUCCUCCUCGCAAGAAGGCGCGCGUGCAGCUGUAG